GGCUUAUGGGCUCGCAGUCGUCGCCACUAAGUCCAGUUGACAUAUUUCCAAAGAGUAAAAGGAGCGAAAAACAGUCGCCGACGGUGCUCUUACUACCGUCGCCGACGCUGAAGCCGGACCGCGUGUGUUGGAGGAAACAUGGAGAGGGCUGAGGGAGGAACGUCGUCGACACCAUACGGCGGUGGAGGAAUCGGAGGCAAAGUUCGUAAGCCAAACUCAAGAAAGCCGCUGCCUUCCCCUUACGCUCGGCCAGUGCAUAACCAAUCGCAUAGGCGUUGGCUUUCGAAGCUCGUUGAUCCGGCCUACCGGCUCAUUACCGGCGGCGCCACCCGAUUGCUUCCAUAUUUGUUCCCCAAACCACUGCCCUCUAAUGCCCUUCCGUCUCCUGGAGACGAAGAUCAAGAUAAAGUGGAGGCAGAGGUGGAGGAUAACGUCUCUGGAGAAGAACCCCAAAAUCUAGGGGUUUCUACCUUAGUUGGAUUACCUGGUUCUAGUGGAGAGGCAAAUAGAUCAGAGAACAAUUCUGAUUUUAAUGGCUGCCAAAAGGACAAAGAAAAUAAUGCAUUAGGCGGGAAUGGAAAAAUUGAUGUUGAAAAAUGGAUCCAAGGAAAAACAUUUUCGAGGGAUGAAGUGAGUCGUUUAUUAGAGGUACUACAAUCAAGGGCUCUUGAACCUUCUAAUAAAGUGGAAGACAAUACAUUUUCCCCACAGAGCAUUGAAAAACAAGUUGAGCAGCCAUCUACUGCAAAUAGAGUUCUUGAAAUGCCUCGUGAAGGAAAGCAAGAAGAAUUGGAGAGAGCUACGGGGGGAAACUUAACUCCUCAUCCACAUUCAUUGAAACUAAGAGAAGUUGGAGCAUCACCUGUGGAUAUUGCAAGAGCAUACAUGAGCAACCAAAAAUCUGAACCAGGCUUAGCUUCGGACAAGAUGCCAGAUGAUGAAAAGGCUUUGCGUCAUGGUGAUCAUCAAAUGUUUAAGCCUUUUAUUCCAUCAAUGUCCCCCAAUCCUUCAACUUGUUGGCCUAGUGCCAUGUCAGAAAGUCAACGUGGUUAUGUAACUCCAAGAAGUCAAAGAGGUAGAUUUGGUCUUCAUAAUUUCCCUCGGACUCCAUAUUCUAGGAGUAUCUUUUCAAUGUCCAAAUCCAAGUCUAAGCUAACUCAGUUGCAAGGAGAUGGCCAAAAGUUUGUGAAUACACCAUCACCUCUCUGGCAGAGGUCACGAUCUCCAACUUAUUCCAUGAUGACUUCAAGCAAGGAUCCAUUGGAUGAGGCAACUGGUUCCAUUGGACUGACUUGUAGCCUUCAGCAUAAGGCAUCUGCAGUUACUAAUUCCAGACGAUCUGCUUACUUUUAUCCUCCUCAACAACCAGAGAUGGAAAUAGAGAACAAUAUUUCGGAAGCAAUUUUCCCUGAUAUGAAGAAGAAUCUAGAUCGUGGAGGAGCAAGCACCAUUCCUCUAUCACAAUCAGUGGGAAUCAACAACUCUGAGUCGAGUCUACCGACUGUCCGUCCACAGUCCAGUCAGGUUGUUAGGACAAUCCUAGAGCAUAUUACUAGAAACCCACCUACUCCUAAAGAAAAGACUGAAGAGUUAAAGAGAGCAAUUGAAUGGAAGAAAACCCCAUCUGCCAAUGUACCAUCGGUCAAGCCAAAUGAAACCAGUAGUUUGGCCGUAGACAUAGAUUCUCACCAAAAAGCAAACCAAGUAGAUCAGAACUGUCACCCCCAAUUGAGCGAUGAGGGGAAAACCAUGUCCACGGUUCUUCCAAAGGAGGGUGCUGGCAGAAAUCCUGAUGCUGCAAACCAGAAUCCUUACGGUCUGAAGUUUAGGCUUAGCAAUGCUGAAUCAAAACACAAGGAUGAUGCAGGCUUAAAUAUUGGUAGCUCCUCGCCUAAGGCUGUUCCCAAGAUCUUUCCAGCUCUUGGAUCCGAAGUGUGGACUCAAAUCAAGCCUUCCCCCUCUCUUGGAGGUAAACCUAUUUUUCCAUCCAUUACGAUCAGCAAGCCCGAGUCAAAAUGGGCAUUUUCUUCCGACAGUGGUUCGGCAUUUACUUUCCCUGUUUCGGGAGCAUCCUCAGGAAUGCUCUCAGAACCACCAACACCAUCUAUCUUUCCAUCAACCAGCCUUGGGGGAGGUCAGCCUCUGUUAUUGAAGACUGAGACUCCAGUUCCUUCAUACAGUUUUGAUUCAAAGAAGACCAGCCCUAGCCUUGUUUUCUCAUUCCCUUCAAUAAACAGUGAUACAAUCGGCCCUGAAGCCUCAAAUAUUAAGUUUAGCUUUGGAUCCGAUGAUCAUACGAGACUUUCCUUCGGUUCUGUUGGGAAAGAUGCAGUUUGUUGCUAACUGGUUAGACUUCUGAAGUAUAGUUUUGAGUGGAAUGACCACAAGAAUUGCCAAAAUGGGGUUAGAAACUAGUGCCAAAUACCCUAGUGUUUAUGAACAAAUAGGAAAUUGCAAACUCAAUCAUAAACAGUAAACAGCCUCAGUGCCAGUUGACGGCUUUAUGCAUAUGUUCCAUUCCAUUCCAUUCAUGAUUAUGUUAUCAGGGCAA